UUUACUAUUGCAUCGCUCCUCGGGUUUUUCGCGUAAAUUCCAGGAUUUAACUGAAUUUUAGUGCCCCAAAAAUGUCUUCGCAGCAAGAUCGAUGCUACGUCGCCUUGCUGGGCCUCGCCGAAUACUUCCGCACCGCAAAUCCGCCGAAUAUUCGGCAAGCGAUCCAGUGUCUGCAGGCAUUGUUUACCUUUUCGCCUCCGCUGAAGAUGGAAGCCCGCACACACUUCCAGCUCGGCCAAAUUCUCAUGAACUACACGAAAAACACGGAUCUCGCCAAGAGUCACCUCGAAAAGGGCUGGCACAUUGCGGAAAAUCUCAGUCAAUUUGACGACAAAUUCGAAAUUGCGACGCUCCUCUCGUCGCUGUACCUGCAGGAAGAUCAAAGUGGCGCCGCGAAAGUCGUGCUGCGAAAAGCACUCGAACUGAGUCAACAUAAUGUGCAGUGGCACUGCAAGCUGCUGUUUCAGCUGGCGCAAAUCCAUGCAAACGAUAAGGAAUACUCGCCGGCAGCAACGUUGCUAGCUGUCGGAGUCGAUACGUGCGACGACACGAGCACGGCCUACCUCAAGACGCUCUUCCUGCUGAGUCGAGCGAUGAUUCUCAUGAUCGAGCGGAAGAUACAGGAGGUGCAUGCGACGCUGAAUCAGGCCGUACUCAUUAUCGACAAUUCCAUUCAGAAUAUUCACCUGAAGGAGCAUCUCAAGUUGUUUUUCCUCACGCUGCAAGUGCUGCAUUAUCUCCAGACGGGUCAAGUGAAGACAGUGAAAAGUAGUUUAAAGCAGCUGCAACAGAGCAUUCAGACGAUUAUGGCACCGAAUUGGCCUUCGGACGAGCAGAUUUUUGGACAGGCGCCGAUGGAGUGCUUUAUGUGGCUACCGAAAGACUUGAAUAUCGUGCUUGUGUAUUUAGUCACUGUGUGGCAUUCGAUGAUGGCAGGGUACAUGGACAAGGCGCAAAAGUAUACGGAAAAGGCCCUCAAUCAUAUCGAGUUCCUAAAAUCGCAAGAUAACAAACCAAUUCUGGCUGUCUUUCAAAUCAUCUUGCUGGAACACAUCAUCAUGUGUCGUCUCGUGAUGGGCAACAAAUCACUCGCCAUUCAGGAAAUCGGUCUAGCAAAAGAUGUGUGUCUCUCGAACAAAUCCAUCCUUCGACGGCAUUCCCCGCAACUGCAUUGCCUCCUCGGACUGUACGCCAUGUCAAUUUCCUUCUUCAACAACGCCGAAAAGCAAUUCCAGAUCUGCAUUCAGGAAACGCAAGAACGCGACUUGAAACUCUUCGCAAACCUCAAUUUGGCAAUCGUUUACUUGCGAACGCACCGCGAACAGGAAUUACAGCAACUUUUGCAACAAGUGCAGUCGGACACGUCUGCGAGUCAAUCGAACAAUAGUCAAGCGUUAAUUGGGAGUUUUUACUACGUGCAAGGCCUCAACGCUUUUCACAAGAAUUCCAUUCACGAAGCCAAGAGAUUUCUGCGGGAAACGCUGAAAAUGGCGAAUGCCGAGGACCUGAAUCGACUGACGUCGUGUUCGUUGGUGCUGCUGUCGCACGUUUUCCUCAGCAUCGGAAAUUUCCGCGAAAGUAUGAACAUGGUGACGCCCGCGCUGCAGCUGGCAUCCAAAAUUCCCGAUAUUAAUGUGCAACUUUGGGGCACGGCGAUCUGCAAGGAGCUCUACAUGAUCCAGAAAGAGCGCACAAACGAAGAAGAUGCGUACAAAAAACACCUUUCGUUCUCGCAAAACUUACUCAACGACCAAUAUCGCGCGAUAAACCAGCAAUCGGAGCACCGUUUGAUCAAUUGGUACACGGGAGAUCCGCCACCACCAAUCCACGGGCAACAGGCGCCGCAGCAAUCCAUCGCCAGUACGAGCAUGCAAGACUUUGGACAGUUUGGUGUCGCGCAGUAACUUAAAAAAAUUUUACCUAGAGAUAAGAUUCGGUUUUAUUCUAACGAUUAGGGUUUUCUUAAAUGAUUGAUUGUACAAUAAAAGUGUAGGUAUUUUGUAUUCCUUA